AUGGUGCCUAAUCAGAUCUUACAGUUCUCUGUGAGUCGUCCGUCUUCAGAGUGCAUAGCUGAAGCCAUCUCAAGAGAGAUUACCAUCGAAGACGACCCACUCAUCCUUACAAAGAUUUUUGAUUACCUUUAUUGCGCCACCUAUGACGAUUGUUGUGAAUCAUGGUCCAUCACUGAACGAGCUCAAGACGCCCCUGAGCAAACUGAGUCAGCAAAGCCAAGCGAGACACCAACUAUAGACAAUAUGAAUGAGGGCAGUCAGGCCACACUUUCUAGCCUCACUGCCGAAGGAAGCAAGGCACGCAUUAAUGCAGAGAUAUACGUCCUCGCUGAUAACCCUCCUCACUCGGAGUUACGUGACAUUUUGCUAAGAUCUGCCAUUCAGCAUUUAUCCGCUCUUCAACACCAGCAGCUGUUUCAUGCUUCAAGUCAUGGACUCCCCCUUUCCGCACAAGAUGCCCUUCGCGCCUACAUCCUCCUUCCAUCAAAUCUCCUUCCAUCAGAUUUGCCCACCAUCUCCUUUUCCAAGCAUUGCCGUUGCCCAAGCAUCAGCUGCCAGUGCGGCCUCCCGCCGAGGUUUGCGUUCAUAACGCCCGCCACAUCACCCGACACACAGCGCGCAGCUCGGCUAGAACAGUCUCUAGAAAACAGAGCUCAGUUCAAUGUCGAAGUCGAAUAUAGCCACGUCACCGAUGCUCACGAUGCCUUUGAAGCCGAGAAGAGAAGGAAACUUUGUUAA